CGGCCCUUCUCGUAUGAGUGACAGCAGACACAUCCUAUGGGCUCAAAGACGCGGCUGCAAUGUCCGGCACCAUCCGGCACCUCCAGCCCUACUGAGGGUUGUGCAAUAGCAACUCCGGCUGUCAGGGCGUGAGUCCUGAUCCGUGUCUACCACCCUCAGCGACGCCUGCAUUAUGGUCGCCCCACCGCAGCUGCGGGCUCUGCUCUUUGCGAUCAACGCACUAUUGCGCAAGCGCCGCUACCACGCAGCACUGGCCAUGCUUAAGGGCUUCCGGAACGGGGCAGUCUAUGGAGCCAAAAUCCGGGCCCCUCAUGCGCUGGUCAUGACCUUUCUUUUCCGGAGUGGCAGCCUCCGGGAGAAGCUGCGCGCCAUCCUGCAGGCCACGUACACCCACUCCUGGAACCUGGCCAGGUUUGUGUUCCUCUACAAGGGACUCUGUGCCCUGCAGUCCCGCGUCCAGGGCGAGACCUACCAGGCACACUCAUUCGUGUCUGCCUUCAUCGGGGGCUUGCUGGUGUUUGGAAACAACAAUAACGUCAACAGCCAGAUCAGCAUGUACCUGCUAUCCCGCAUCCUAUUUGCCCUGUGCCGCCUGGGCAUGGAGAAGGGCUUCAUCCCUGAACCCAGGUUGGACCCGUUUCCAUGGUUCACAGGGCUGGUGUGGGGGCUGGUGCUGUGGCUCUUCGAGUACCACCGGCCAACCCUGCAGCCCUCGCUGCAGUCGUCCAUGACCUACCUGUACGAGGACAGCAACGUGUGGCACGACCUCUCGGACUUCCUUAUCUACAACAAGAGCCAACCCUCCAAGUAACAGGGCCCCCAGGUGCUCAGGAAGGCUCCUGCACCCCAGGCGGGUGACGGAGGUGUCCAGCCGCGGUUUGAGAUUGGCUCCACCUGCUAACCAUCCCAGAGGCUCCUACCUCUUCAAGAUCUGGGGUCUCAGACUCUAACUUUUGUUAGCCCAGGGCUCCAUUUGGCGAAAUGGAAGCACUGAUUAUCAGUUCUCAUUAGGUACUCUUGAAUAGUGAAACGAGCCACCGAAUCAGGCUGAGGAGCCUUGGGCAUGGUGAUGGCUGCUGACUCUUGAGAGACCAGGGAAGGUCACACCCCACCCUGGGCCUCAGGGAUCAUCGAGCCCAGAUGAGGGCACUGAAGUCUCUUUCUGGUGGGUAUGUUCUCUGACCAUUCUUCUGUAAAAGAGGGCUUCUGGCUGAUGGGCAGUGGGUUGCAAAAAUGCAUUUUUAGACAAUACUCAGUUCCUUGCCUUGGGUGUUCUAUUGUAGAAGCUCCAGUGUUUCCACUGUCCAACAGAAACACAGUGUGAGACAUAUGUGACUGAGCUUUUUUUAGCAGCCACAGUUUUUAAAAAGUGGAGGGAAUUCCUGGUGGUCCAGUGGUUAGGACUCCGCUGUCACUGCCAAAGGCAUGGGUUCUAUCCCUGGUUGGGGAGCUAAGAUCCCACAUGCCACAAGAUAUAGCCAAAAAAAAAAAAAAAAAUGUGGGGAGAGAAAGAAGCAGAGGAGAUUAACCUUAAUUAUAUCUUUGAACCCAGUAUUUCUCAAAUGUUAUCAUUUUAAUGUGUAUUAAAUAUAAAAAUUAAUAAGAUAUUUUACAUUCUAUUUUUCUUAUACUAAGUCAUCAGAAUCAGGUGUGUGUUUUACACUUUCAGCAUUUUUCAAUUUGGACCAGUCACAUUUCAAGUGCUCAGCAGCCACAUGUGGCUAGUGGCUGCUGUAUUGGACAGCACAGAUUAGAACGUUCUAUCCUCACAGAAAAUUCUAGUGGACAGUGCAGAUACAGAGCUGGAGGACCUGGGUUUGAGUCCCCACUGGACUGCUGUGUAACCUUGGGGAAGGUUCUUCUCAGAGGCUCAGUUUCUACUAAAGUGAGGAUAAUCAUAGUAAUACCUGGUGUCUACAUUGGACUUGUGUAACUAUGACGGCUGCUUCAGCUACGAAUGACAUCCACCUGGUGAACUCCUCCUUCCUCCUUCCUGGGUGCUUUGCACAUUAUUAUUUUUAACCCAUACAAUGACCUUGCAGGUACAUAUUUUGAUCUCCAUUUUACAGAUGUGGAAACUGAGGAUCGGAGAAGUAACUUGCCAAAGGCAAUGCAACUAGUGUGACAGCCAAACCAGAUCUAUGCGACUUCAAAGCUCUUUUUUUUUUUCAGUGCCUUAAAUUUAGAAACCUAAACUAUGCUAUGCAAAAUUAGCUAGUUAUUGGGGUGCACACUCAAAUGCCUAUAGGGGCCUGGGAAGAGGCAUAAAUGAUGAUGUUCUGGAUGAUGCAGUCGGGAGGGACGGGGACCUGGUGAACUGGAGACUUGUGUGUGUGCCAGUACUAAUUUUUUUUUUUAAACCACCAAGCUGAACAAAUCAAACACAUUGGAGUAGGCAUACUUCAAUUUCUUUUUAUAUUUUGAAAAUUACUAGUAGAAAUAUCCACAUGAGUCACUGGAGAUCUUAUUAAAAUGCAGAUUCUGA